GCCGCUUGCACAUUCUGGUCGCAAAGCAGACUCAGAAGAAACCCACCAUGGUGCUCUCCGCCAACGACAAGGCCAACAUCAAGGCCGCCUGGGACAAGGUCGGCGGCCAGGCCGGCAACUACGGCGCAGAGGCCCUGGAGAGGACCUUCGCGUCUUUCCCCACCACCAAGACCUACUUCCCCCACUUCGACCUGAGCCCUGGCUCCGCCCAGGUGAAAGGCCACGGCAAGAAGGUGGCCGAUGCGCUGACCAAAGCCGUGGGCAGCCUGGACGACCUGCCCGGCGCGCUGUCCGCGCUGAGCGACCUGCACGCUCACAAGCUGCGUGUGGACCCUGUCAACUUCAAGCUCCUGAGCCACUCCCUGCUGGUGACCCUGGCCAGCCACCACCCUGCGGAUUUCACUCCUGCCGUCCACGCCUCCCUGGACAAGUUCUUGGCCACCGUGAGCACCGUGCUGACCUCCAAGUACCGUUAAGCUGGAGCCAGCUACCCGUGCCCCUGCCGCGGGCCUCCCUCACUUCCUGAGUCUGAAUAAAGCCUGAUUUGGCUGCA